GGUGCGGGGGUGGGGGUGGCGAUGUGUGAGUAGUAGCGGGUCCUCUCUCGCCUCAAUGUUGCGGCCAGCCUUGUGGCAGAUCGCUACAAUCCUGGAGGGAGCCGGGUCGAAUGAGCUGUUGGGGGUUCCCAGAUAAUAACGGGGACAAACAGACAUACACUAAAAUAAAAGACACACAGACGGAUGGACGCAGAUAGGCAAGUGUUCCGACGAAACGCGGCACCAUGACCGGAUUCUAGUCUUUUAUUAUUAUUUUCCCCCUCCCUCACUGUUAUUUUUUGUUUGUUAUUUAUUUAUUUGUUUAUUUUCCUUGCCUGUGUUUAUUUGUUUGUUUAUGUAUCGAUUGAUUGCGUUUUAAUUACUGCCUUGUGACAGAGAGAGCGCGAGGGAGGAGGAGCGUGAGUGUCAGGCGCGCGCGCUCUGUGUGCGUUCCUUUUUUUUUUGCACCUCUUUCCUCACGCACUCCGUCAUUAAUUAGCAGGUGCGACGCGCGUUAAUUAAGCUGCUUUUUAAUGCGCACGCGACCCGCUAGCGCGCGAAUGUAAGACUUUACGCAGCAAGAAUAAGAGAAUAGGGAGUCUCCAAAUACAUUUACCUCCGUUGGCUUUCUCUUGUAUUAGCUGUAAAGCUGCAGAUACCAAAGCUCAAUCCGGCCGACAGGAGUAGACUAUAACGACUGUUCUCAUGCCUUUUUCACACCUGCAGGAAACACAACUGCUGAGAGACUUACACAAUAACAGCCGGUCUUUACUCAGACAGAGCUUUACACGCAACAGCCUUGCUCUGAGAAGCUCCACGGCAGGCCUGCAGGUGGAACUUUUUACGUAGUAGUGAGUCCUGCUCCUCUCUCCAUCCGUCUGUUUGUCUGAGCUGAACUCAAGGGACCAUACAUAUAUGUUCUAUGCACAUUUAGGCUACACCAAAACCAACGCCGACCAGCAGUCGGCUCCCACUUCUGUAAAUAAAAGUGCGCAGCUGGGCUACAUGUGCGCACUCCUAACUGCGAAUGCUGUGAGGUCCUCAGAGCAAAUAUUUUCCCGGCGGACGAAGAUUCAGAGGCUUCGGGACUCUUGUUGCAACACUUCUCUUAGAAUUUGGGCGUCAGAACACCAAGCAAGACCAUGUUUGUCCCCUUGCCGGUGCCGUUCGUGUUUCAAAGAACUGCCCCUGACCUCAACGCCUGGCGCCUCAAGUCCCCUCUGGCUCCCCGCUCCAACUCCGAUAUCAUGAUGUCAAAGCCAGUGGAGGUUGAGAAGGUCGGGGCCGACUCCCCGAUGGAGGGCGCGGAUUUAGAGCGGAAUGGAUCUGAAUUAAAUCACCAGGCUCAGUCCAUGAAGGUCGGCUCCUUUCCCCUGUCCCCAAACCUGAGCAGCAGCAAGAACAAAAUGGACGAGUGCACUGAAAUGUCCCCAGGCCUGUCCCCCUCCCACGGCCCGACCCCUCAGCAGACGGCCCUGCAACACACACAGCUCAUGCUGACCGGCUCCCAGCUUGCAGGGUUGACAGCCCUGCUGCCAGCACAGCAGCAGUUGCUUUUGCAGCAGGCUCAGGCGCAACUCCUGGCUGCCGCUGUGCAGCAGUCCAAUGCAGCCCAUGCGGCCCACGCUGCCCGUGCAGCUGCCCAGGCCAAUCAGCAAGCUCAAGCAGCUGCAGCAGCAAAUCAGCAGGCCCAGCAGCAGCAGCAAGCAGGCCAGCAGGCUCACUCGCAGUCCCAGGGACAGAGCACACAGGAAGAGAGCAGCCAAAGUGUCCCCGUCCCACCUCCUCCUCCACCCCAGCUCACCCUCUCCCAACCAAUCCAGCUGACCGCCCAGGACAUUCAGCAGUUGCUGCAUCUCCAGCAGUUGGUGUUUGUGCCGGGUCAUCCUCUCCAGUCCCAGUUUCUCCUCCCACAGGCACAGCAGUGUCAACAAGGACUCCUGUCAACACCAAAUCUUAUACCGCUACCUCAGCAAAACCAAGGGAGCCUCCUUUCUGCACCGACGAGAAUGGGACUCCAGCCACAGCGAGAUAAGACGGCAGAUGUGAGUGCUAGUGGAGGUGUGACCAUGGCGCCCUCGGUGACCUCCCACCCCGAGGAGCCCAGCGACCUGGAGGAGCUGGAACAGUUCGCCCGCACUUUCAAGCAGAGACGCAUCAAACUGGGCUUCACACAGGGAGACGUGGGUUUGGCCAUGGGGAAGCUGUACGGCAAUGACUUCAGUCAGACCACCAUCUCUCGCUUUGAAGCUCUCAACUUGAGCUUUAAGAACAUGUGCAAGCUGAAGCCACUGCUGGAGAAGUGGCUCAAUGAUGCAGAAACCAUGUCUAUAGACAGCACCCUGCCCAGCCCCAGCUCCCUGUCCUCUCCCUCUCUGGGCUUUGAAGGGGUUCCAGGUCGCCGCAGGAAGAAGAGAACCAGCAUAGAGACAAACGUCCGAGUGGCUCUGGAAAGAUCGUUUCUGACGAACCAGAAGCCUACCUCUGAGGAGAUCCUGCUGAUCGCAGAGCAGCUCAACAUGGAGAAGGAGGUGAUCCGAGUCUGGUUCUGCAACCGCCGGCAAAAAGAGAAGCGCAUCAACCCAACCAGUGCCACCCCUCCCUUGCCCAGCCAGCCCCCCACUGCCCCACAAGUGCACAAACCGCCCUGCUACAGCCCUCACAUGAUGUCCAGCCAGCUGUCCCAGGCCGUGACCACUCUCAGCAGCACAACGGUGACCACCAUGUCCCCCGUCUGCCCCCUGACCUCCAGCCUCACCUCCACCCACCCCUCUCUCAGCUCCGCCCACCCCCCUCUCAGCUCCGCACCAUCCCCGGCGACUCCUCCACCUCCUCCCCGCAGCACGGCCAGCCCCGCCACUCCCAGCCACAGCACACUGAACCUUAACACGGGUUUAUGGCGUAUGGGUAAAAAGAACGGUGAAAUGUCUAACUACAUCACCGAUUUUGCUGCAAACUUGAGGAACAAUGUGAUGGGAGUUAACACGGGGAUGAACCAAGCCCUCCUCGGUAACAAUCCCCUGGCUACUAUCCAAGCUCUAGCAGCCAGUGGUGGCCAGCUGCCUCUUUCCACUCUUGAGGGUGCCAGCAAGGCGAUAGUGGGGGCCUCUGGGGGUCAAGGAGGCACCCUGGCUUCUUCCCUUUUCCUCAACCACCCCACCUUGCUCCACUUGGGCCAGAACCCCGGCGCUGGACUGGCCAGCGGUGCUGUAGCCAAAGUUUCCCAGGCCUCACCCUUCCCUUCAGCCAGCAGCAUCAGCCCCACGCCCUGCUCCCCCUCUCCCUGCUCCAGCCCCGCCUCCUCAUGCUUGUCCAGCGAAAUGGGCCACAGCCCACCAUCCCUGGGCGGAGCCAAGAUUGAGUGACUACGCCAAAGGUCGAUUUUCAAGGAGGAGGCCGGAGGAGGAUACAAGAACCUCACCUUUUCACACCAAAGCGAUCUCUUUCUCUCUUUCUGAUGCUCUUCUUCCAUUUUUUCCCUUUGAUUUUUUUUGCAACAGCUCUCCCUCUUUCUCUCCCAGUCUUUCAAUGCCAAAAAUACAAAGAAUGAAAGAGGAGAGAGGAAGGGAAAGAAACCAAAAAAAGGGAAAAGGGAGGAAAGGGCGAAAGGGGAAAGAUUAAAACCAAAAAGUCUUUAUUUAUCCAAACAGAUGAAAAGGAGACAGCAUGGGACCUUUUUGUCUUUGACACGUGAUAUCGACGUGGCACCUUGCAGCUCUUCCUCUCAGACGGAAACCAAACCAGUGACUGCUUCAGCAAAGAGAUGGAAGAGACGGCCGAGAUGCAUGUUGAAGAGCAUAAACCAAAAAUGACAAAAGAUUACUUUACGACAAAGGAAUGGCAGCAAGGACAAAAGAAAUGAAGAGGAGGACUGUUAGGCAUUUUUUAAUCAUUAUCUUAUUUUGAAAAGCUGCGGGUCUGAAGGAAGCGACGAGAGGAUACGUUUAAACCAAAAAUUUACCUGAGGAGGAAGAAGAAUACUCGGUGACAAAGAAAAAAAAAGAAAAAAAAAAGACAACCAUACCAAAAUCACAAAUACCAAAAACCAAAAAUAUGGAAAGAAAAGCUUUAUUCAAAGGACGUGUAAAUACUGAAGCUAUCCAGGACCAGUACUUUACUGCUACUCACACCCACAAACAUGCAAGCACCAACCCACCCUGCCAUUGACUCAUCCUGUCCGUGUCAGCUCAUGUGUCUCGCAGGUUCUCACUCAAGAUGAAUUUGUAAAUGUUUUUCUGUCACAAGCUCAAUAAUGUUUGCUAGAACUGCUGUCUCUUUACCUACCUCUGGUUAUAAGAGCUUAGAUAGCAUCCAUCUCUUUUAUUUUUUACCUGAAGUAUGUUUUUUUCCUUUGAUUAUUUAUUAGUGCCAAAAGUCUGUUUAGCUCCCUAUUUAUUGCUGUGUGCUUCAGGGUUUCGUUAUGAUCACUAUCAUCAUCUCUGUCUGCAUCGUGCAUUUCUGUAUCAUCACGCCGUGUGUUGUAACUCGUCCACAGGAAGGCAGAUGACAACAUUUGGGGGGGAAAAAAAUGCUCGUCACAGCCCUCAACAAAGUGCCGAUAGAUCACAGAUAGAGCGUUCAUUUCAAGGUGUGAAUAAAUUCAUUACAACGUAAAACGUCUGACAUCUUGUCGGCUUAAUCGGACCGCCGUCUCCUAACUCCUGAGCAUAACGCUUUAAUGGAAACUCGGCGGCGGAAUCCUGGAAACUUCACACCGUUCGUUAAAAGUGUUGAUCCGUCUCAAAGUAUGAAAUAAGGCUCUGAUUAGAGAUCUAAAAAACAACCUUUGAGAUUAAUAAGUCAAUAAAGCCAAGUUUAGUCACAGCUGGCUCUCAUUUCUGCCUCUCCAAUCAGCACAUGUCCUCCUUUAUGUCUAGACAUGUUUACUGACAUUUGUCUGUUUCAAUCAUCCCUCCAUCUAUUUCAUUUUUCACACUGCCAUUAAUUCUCGAAUGGAUACCAAAGCAUUCUCAAGACUUGGCUUCUCUUAAAGAGCUUCAGCCAAGACAUGAAGACAAUAAAGACAUACUGACAUUUGGUGGCAGAAGUGGGAUGCAUUCCCCUCCACCUGGCCUGUCCCAAAGCUCUUUUUUUGGGUGGGGUGGGAAGCUUUAGGUAGGGAACUUAUCCUUUACUCUGACUAAUGCUAUUCCGGGACUCGCUGAACUGUGGCGUCAUACUUUUUUUUGUAAGAGGAUACCAAAAAUGAAUCCAAACCAAAUAAAAAAAACACACAACCCAAGGAGAAGCAAACCAAAAAGAACCCAAACCAAAUGUGGCUGGAGGGAGCACAGGGGAGGAGUACAAAGUGCCAGUGUUUGAAAGAGGAGAAGCCAUCUGCCUGUCUUUCUGUUAGCGUUCAGGGCUGCAGCCCCUCUCUCAAACUGUGGAUGAGUAGACAGGCAGACAGACGGGUGAGCAGACGGACAGACUGUUCCUCCACUCCCCUGCCUCCCUUUCUCCAGCUCAGCUCUCUGGUCCUGGAUGGAGCUAAACGCAAAUGACCUCACUGAACUGAAAUCUUAUAAAAGAAAUCAGUUUUUAUUUUUCUGUUGGUUUGUUCUGAUUGUUUUAUCUCUGCUGUGUCUCUUGAUGCCGUUUUAUGUACUGUACUUUAGUGCUUAUUACUUAUUUGGAAUAACAUACUCGCUUACUUACUUACGACGAGAGCUCCUUAUUUUUUUUGGUAGUCGUGCUAGAGAUUUUUUAUCAGGUGGUUGGAAAAAAAAAUACUGUGAAAAUUUAGCUUCCAGAAUUUUAUUAGAUAACGACUGUCUUGGCGAAGGGGAUAAAAAAAAACACAAAAAGCCAAAAACACUAAAACUGUCAAACCAAAAACCGAACAGUAGCUGCUCUUUCUCCGCUCAAAGGUGGAGAAACGGGCCGUGUGGAAGUUGCACUUAGUGAACAAACAAAGUCGUGUCCGCAGUUACAACUUUGACCCCCCCAAAGACAGCAACUUGAAGCAAAACGAACGCUCAGAAGUUAACGUUCCAGUAUUCCAAAGAUGAUUUGGUUUGACCCGCACCAGGCAAACACAGGAAUCUUUUCACCAAACCAAGCUUUAGAUGUGGGGUUUGCACCUUAAAGGUGAAACCUUUUUCUCCACACUGACUCUUAGACGGAAUGUAUCUGUUAGUGCUUCUAUAGAUUUUGUAGAAAAUAAGAUCUAUGUUCUACUGCUUACUUAUCACUAAUGUAUUAAAAAGAAAAAUUUACAAAAAAGACUGAGAAAAAAAAAGAUCCUAAAACAUUGAUGAAAAUAACUUGAUUUUAGACCAAAAAUUUUAACUAUCUCUCUUUGGAUUUUUCAUUUUUUUUAAUCACGAUUGAUUGUACUAUUUAUUCAGGGUUGGAAUUUCUUUUUAAUUUAGGCUUUUUUUCAUUUUGCUAUUUAUUUAAUUUAUUUCUGGAGGUGCUUUUUUUCCUAUUAUUGGAUGUUUUUGUGCUAGGUUUUCUUGUAUAGGUUUUCUCGACGGCAUAAAUGCAAAGGUUGUGUGGAAAGCCCUCUCGGAGAGGUCGAGGGUUCAUGAUGUGGCAGCACUGUGUGGACAAACACCUCUGGGUUCAACGGGAACGUGUCAGUUUGGUUGUUUUCCAGAUGUACUCUUUCCAAUGUGUGCUUUUAUUAAGACAAAGAAAAAAAAAGAUGAAUAUGCCUGAGUUACAACAUGAGGCUCUCUUUGAGGCGCAGUGCUGCUUCCGUUCUGUUUUCUCCAAAGGGGGAACACGCUUAAAGCUUUAUCAGCUACACGACCAAAAACCAACCUAAAAAAAGAAGAUCAAAUAGGAAAAAUGUCUUUACAUGAAAGGGGAAAAAAACAGAGGGUGAUUUUGAAAUCCUGGGUGUAUUUUCUUGCUUUUGACUGUUUUUCUUUUUAUGUUUCUGGAUCUUUUGUUUCCACUUUUUCUGUAUGCUGGUUUUUAUGCCUUGUUUCCUCAUCCACCGAAGGAUGUAAAAGAGAGAUAGUUCAUCAUAUACCUCAUGUUCUUUGAUGAUAAACCAAAUAGAUGAAUGCUUUAAAAUGUGGGGUUCUCGUGGGCAAGUGUGGAUGCUGGGAUGCUGACCGGUGUGGCUGAAAACUAACGACGAGUUUUACUCCAUAAGAUUUUAGAAGGUGCCAUAAAAAAAAGGCCACACUGGUUCACGCUCCCCAGUACGCGCCUUGUCCCCCUGAAAACACCCUGCAGUGUGUUGAGCUUUGAACAUGGCCCUCUCCUCAAACCUGAGCCAGAUCCUCCCCGCUCUGAGGCACAGAUUGAACAUCCGAUCUGCUUUUGGCUUCGUCAAGCUUCAGGUUUAUGCCUCAGAGCGACCAAACCCGGCCCGCCUUCUGGUUUUGGGGUCCUCUGACCACUUUGGGGCAGGGGGAGCGGGGAGUGGCUGAGACCGAGGUUGCUAGGUGACACGCUCAGACAGAUGCAUGUGAGGAGUGUUGGAGAGGGAGGCGUGCACGAAUCAAAACAUCUGGGCUCAUACUGAGAGUCCAUUUCCUCGUUUUGCUCUUUUUUCUCGUCUCUCUUGUGUAUUGAGGGGGGAAGUGGAGGAAGCGCUGCUGUGGGCUGUGAAGAUCAUGGUUUAAGGGACCGGAUGCAGAGUACAGGUCUCUGUGGUGGGGAUACCCCCAACCUGAAUGAUACCAAAGUCAAUGCCCUGCCCUGAGAUCCAACACGACGUAUACGCUCCCUACAAUCCUGAUUUUCCUUUUAGUUUUCCUCCAUUUUACCCUCUACUUCUACUACCGAUUUUUUACUCAGUUUCAUUCAGAUGUGUAUUUUUUAAAGCAUUCUGGUUGGUUGCCUCUGAAGUACAGUUCAGCUUUUUGCACUAAGACUGGAAGCAAAAACAGGAAACUCAAAGAAACUGGUGCAGCAAGAAUUAGUAAACCAUUUAGUUCCUUCAGUUCUAAAAUAAAAAGCAAAUGUGCACAAACAAGAACUUUCUUGUUUGUGCGUGUCUGAGUAAAUAUACUCACUUACUGCAAUCAUCUUUUGAUUUAUUAUAAAAGUGAUCCUAAUAGUUUUUUAAUUAUGAUUAAAAUUUAAAAACCCUUUUCUGGAGAAUAGCAGGAGUUCUUCAGAAUUUUGUAAGCCUGAACUCAUUCCUUUAUUUACACUCUGUCCCGCUAGCGAACAGACCCUCACAACUGCAACCUAACAUUACCGUUGAAAAAUAUCGGAGCUAACCAGCCGUACAGUUUGAAGCCAGAUCGAACGAGGAAAAGGGAUCUAUUUAUCUGCCGGUGGAUGCAUCAGAAUGGAACGGAGUAGAGCUCAGCGAUUGUUCCUACAACCAUUAUUUUAAUAGUCGACUAAUUAUUUUUUUCGAUUAGUUGAAUAAUCGGGUCGUGCGUAAACUAGAUGCAAAACACAAAUCAUUAGCUGUAAACUAACGACAAAUAAAUACAAUUAAUAUGAUAGUUUCUUAAACUCUUCAUGAAUCAUGCAGCGUCUUUCCUUCAUUAGUUUCUGGUAUUAAAACAACAUUGAAUCAAACGAGGCCCUGUUUUAGACUAUCAUCUUUUUUUUAGCUUUUUUUUUGCUCUAAGCUAAUGUUAGCUUAGCUUAUCUAGCCGAUGAUCCCUCUUCAGGUGUUCAUGGAUCACCGUAGUGCUGCUUAGAACACAGGUUCUGAUAUGCAGAUGUUGACCUGGACACUUUUUUAUAAAACUUUAUUAUGUUUCCCACACAAUGAGCGUGUUGCUAUGGUACCCGAGCCUUCCUAAAACGCCCUGUGUCAUCACUACUAACCCGGAUUAGCACUACUGCGCACGUGUGUCCAAGACAAUGACAGAUGUUAGAAACCGUCCACCGUAGUGGAAAGAAAAAACGACUAAUAAACGAAUAAAUUAGUCAUCGACUUCUAGUAUCUACAUCACAGUACGGCUUUUUUUUAAUCUGCUCCUGAUUCACAACGAUUAAAAAAAUAAAUAAGCUUAAUUUUCUUUAUAUAUGUCCUCCACUAUGAGAAUUAUACAAGAACAUGUUAAAAACAGCAUUUUUGUACAAUUUGAACCUUGAAACUGAAGUGCUACGACCUGACACUGCAUCACUUCUGUACUCAGUUAGAAGGAGUGGAGCUCCCCACACUGGUGGCUGAAAGUGAUUCAUUGUUUCCAACCCGCUUUACCCACCUGUUUCCAGUCUUUGUGCAGAAGCUAACCCACACACACACACAAAAAGAUCCAAAUCUUUUGGUGCAACUCCCACAAACUAUUCCUCCAGAAUGAUCACGUGACCGAUAUGGGACUGAGUAUCUCAAUAAUAGACAGAGAGACAAAGAGAGCUAAAAAAAAACAGCUAGAUCUGCUGCCUCUUCCUCCUCCCACUCUCCUCCACGCACUCUCCUUCUCUUCAUCUCUUUCUUCUUUGUUUUCUACAACAGCUUUAGUCCAAAGGUUCUCCAGCAACACAGCAAAGCAAGUCAGAUGUUAAAGACUAAAACCAAAGAACUUGAUCUUCGACUCAAAGCCUUCUGUAGCCCUUUUGGGUCGUCACCUAGCGAGCCGGUCUGUGAAGCAUUAACCUCAGACAUCCAAAGGGAAAAUAAUAAUAAUAAUUAUGAUGAAAUGUAUAUUUUUAAGUAUUUGUCAUUGGAAUAAUCUUAAACUUCGCAUAAUUACUGAUGAUCACGAUGGUGACAACGAAGAUAAUGAUGAUGAUGAUAAUGAAGUUUCUCUUGGUAUCUUUGUAGCUGUUUGGAUCCUUCUUGAGUUUGUGUCUUCUCUGCUCGUGCUGCCAGAGUUCUGCUUUACCCCUCCCAACCCCGACUCCCCCCGUUUUCAUCCGGGUCACCCCCCGUGUCCGGUCCUGACGUCGACCUUUUGCCAUCUUUUGUGGAUCCCAUGCGUCUGUGUGCGAAUGUCAAACAUUCACGAGGGGAAGUUCUUCCCUGGAGGUGGUUGCUUUUCUGUUGGGGUCUGUUACACCUGUGCACGUGUGUGUGUGUUUGUGUGUGUGUGAAAACAGCCUGGGUGUGGAGCGUUUUGGUUGUUGGAAGACAAAAAGAUCCCUUGUUGUUCUGACAAGAUUGCACGCGACACAAGACUGGUGCUGCCAACUGUGACGUUCGUUUGCCAACUUCCUACCACAUGUAGCUUUAAUUCCCCUUGUCACAGCAGUCAGAGUGGAUCCCUAUUUUAGGUUCUGAGUGUGUGUGUUUGUGUGCGCAGGUGGAUUUGUGUCACCAUCACUCCUUUCUUUUUAUUUUCCCACCAUGUCUUCUCCCCCUCUGUCUGCACCUUUUUCUCUCCUCCUGUGGUAGCAACUUAGCCUUUUAGUGUAUUUAUCUUGAAAGCCAAAAAAGAAGAAAAAUAAAUCCGCUUGUUCAUUGUACAGUGUUGUUCAUUUUAAGUAAUUUUUUGUAACUGAAAGUGUUUCAUUCAUCCAAAUAAAACAGGAAACAAAAACUGUACAUACGAUUUGC